AUGGGAUCGCGUAAAAUAUUUCUAAACAUAACGAGAAACAGUAGUAAUUGGUCACCCGUUCAAAGAGCUCUUUUAACGAAACAAAAUAUGGUGUCACAAAAUAUUUAUACAGCGUAUCAAGACUACCUUCCAAAAGUGAUAGAAAAUGGAUUAUCCGAUAAAAAGUUCGAGGGACUUCCGGAAAUUAAGGAUCGACUAAGAAAAAUUUCAGAUUAUAAUAUCAUUGGCGGCAAGCAGCUCCGAGGAUUGCUGGCUUUAUUCUCAUACGAGACCUUGAUGAAGCCCCAAGUACUCAGUGACGAGAUGUGGGCAGAAAUUUUCAAAUUGGCAUGGGCAGUGGAAAUGGUACAAGCUUGUUUACUUAUCUCGGAUGAUGUGGACGAUGAAGCCGAAACGCGCAGGGGCCAGAAGUGUUGGCACUUGCUGCCUGACGUUGGGGUAUUUGUUAUAAAUGACGUCAGUAUGAUGCGAAGUUUUAUUCACGAAAUAUUACGGCAGAGCUUCAGGGGCCGACCACAGUAUCCAGCCCUCAUAAAUCUUUUUAAUGAGACUUUCUUGAAUACAUCCAUGGGUCAGCAUUUGGACUUCAUGUUUAAUUACCGAAAAGAUCCUGCCGCUUUUACGGAAGAAAACUAUCGCAAAAUGUCUAUUUACAAAACUUCCCAUUACACAUUCCGAUUUCCAAUAUUGUUGGCAUUAAUACAUUCCCAGAAGGGUGAUAAAAAGUCAUAUGAAUAUGUCGACGACAUAUGCGAUGAAAUCGGUAUCAAUUUGCAGAUGCAGAACGACUUCAUGGAUUGUUUCAUUGACGAAGAUUCCAUGGGAAAAACGGGCACUGACAUCCCAACUGGAAAAUUAUGCUGGCCAGUAGUGGAAGCAUUGAAGAAAUUCAAUCCGGCGCAGCUGAAGGAGUUUAAGACCUGCUAUGGAAAUCCGGAACCAUCCCACGUGGAACGUGUUCGAAAUUUGUAUUUGGAACUCGGUUUACCGCAAAUUUACCGCGAACAGGAACAAGCACGUUAUGAUAUGAUAUUGAAAAAAAUCAGCAACUUACCACCGGGCGCAGUACCGUAUCCCGAAGUUUUUCUUAAAGCUCUUGAUCUGGUAUACAACAAAACCCAAGUGAUUCAAUACAAC